AUGGCCGACAACAGUUCUCCCGAUUACAAAAGUCUCUAUCUACAAGAGAAAGAGAGACGAGAACAAGCCGAAGCGCGACAGAAGCAAGCCGAAGCGCGACAGAAGCAAGCCGAAGAUGAAGCUGGAAUAGAGAAAGAGCGUAACCGAUCGCUAACCUUCAUGGAACUCAUACGCCAUGGCCAUGACCUACUCUCAAGACCGCUUAGAAUCAGAACACCCUCUCGCUCGACUACAGGGACAAUACCUCCUCCUACCGGAAAGUACUGCCCGGUGCGACUAGAACCAUGGACAAAUUGCGCACUUGAACAGCAAGAAAUCUACGAUGCUGUAUGCAAAUACCUCCAGCCAACCAAGGAAGCCCCGUCACGGUUACCUACGUCCUUGAUCACCCUUGAAGCUGAUGCCCGACGAUUUUGCCUCGACCCAAUGCACAGCGAACAGAGCGUCGAGAGCUACGAGCGAAUUGCAGUAGAAGGUCAUGUCCGCGAUAUAGUCGCGGAGCUAUGCAAAAUUGAUGCUGCCCGUAACGACUUUAGCCUCGGUGAUGGAAUCUGGUUCGACAAUCACAAGAACUCUCUUGAUCAUGAUGAAUGUGUAGAAGCGGAUUUACAUCAAUCAUCAAGUAUACACAAUCCAAAACCUGAUCAGUUCUGUAUCCAUCGGGUUAAUGGGAAUACCUCUACCCUCCUUACCACAGUUGAAUACAAGCCACCUCACAAGCUUCCCACUGAAGCCCUUCGUAUAGGGCUUCGACCAAUGGACUUAUGGAGGGAAUUGGUUUGUUCAAAAAAAAUACCACAGGAAGAAGCAAGCAAAUUGAAGUACAACAUUGAAAAACUUGCCUGCUCCGCUCUUGUCCAAGAGUAUCAUGUAAUGAUCCAGGAAGGUCUUCAGUAUUCUUGGUUAACGAACGGGAUUGCUCGUGUCCUUCUUCGCAUUCCUUACGACGAACCUGGUACAUUACAAUAUUUUUUCUGUGACCCAAACGGAGAAUUGAAGGGCGAAAUCCGACAAAAUUUUCAAGAGCCAAAAACCUCAAUUGCACGCGUCCUUUGUCUUUGCCUAAUGGCAUUUCGUGCGCCUCUACGUGACCAUGAAUGGAGAAAUAACGCACGCUCGAAGCUCCCUCUCUGGACAACCAGUUUCGACCAUACUCGUUCUCAGAUUCCUAGUCUAGAACUACAGCAACUGCCUUUACACUCCGAUAGUACUGAUUAUGCCAGCCCUGAAUCAACUGUGGAUCCAAGUCCCGACUAUCAAGCGGGUCCUUAUCCACUAGAUCACCCAACAAAAAAAGGUCGCCGAGCUACGAGAUCUCAAGCUGGGUGUGCGCUCCCAACUACGCGGUACCGCUCGCAAUCACCAGACUCUUCCGGCUCUGAGCCGAAUCAAGCCCCCGGGCGUAAACGAGGCUUCAAUCAAGUUGGGUCUUCGCCAUCUGCCCAACAAACGGCACGUGAAAAUCGUACCAGACAUAGCCAGGGAAGCCAGUCCCGCGAUGCGCAAUUUUGUACACAAAGAUGUUUACUUGGGCUACAGAAUGGCCAUAUUCUAGACGAGUCUUGUCCAAACGCAACGCUUCAUCGCCAGGGUACAGGUGACCUAAAACACCCUAUCACUGCAGACGAAUUAAUGCAUUCAUUAAAAGCGCAAUUGGAUGAGAACAUUGAUCGUUGUGUAUCACUUGGAAGUUGCGGGCAGUCUGGAGCGCCGUUCAAACUAACCUGCGCCAUAUAUGGCUACACCGUCAUUGGAAAGGGAACCACGUCGUCCUUAUGGAGAGAAGUCUCCCGCGAAGCACAGGCGUACCGAAUUUUGCAGAAGGCUCAAGCAUCUGCUGUACCUGUCUUCCUCGGUGCAAUCAAUCUAGCGAAAAUUUACUUUCUUCAUGGGGCUGGAGAUAUUCGCCACAUGCUUGUCAUGGCCUGGGGAGGCGAAAGCAUAGCAACGAUGGAACUGAAGCCAUGGCUUCGUAAAGAAAUUCAUAAAUCGGAGAAUGAAAUCAAAGCUUUGGGGAUUAUCCAUGAGGAUCUUUGGUGUGGCAUUGAUGAGGGCCUUCGGUCUGGCAAUAUUCUCUGGAACGAGGAACUCAGGCGGGCGCUGAUAAUUGACUUUCACCGCUGUACAUUAAAACGUCGGUCAAUUCAAAAAAGGCCACAACCAGCGAAGAGGCGGCCGUAUCAGACAGAGUCGGCGUAUUCCAAGCGUUUACGAGUUUUGUGA